CGGAACACAGUAAAACAAUCCACUAGAGACUAGAGAGAGCAUUGAAAUGAAGGAUCCCGUGCCUCUCCAUGAUUUCCAUGUCCACAAAUUAUCCAUACUCACACACAGAUCGCAUGCACUUAUUCACUCCAUAGCUUUAGCUUUCUUGAUUUACUACAGAGCCUCGUUUCUCCUCCAAGAUCCUAAGACUAGAGAAUCCCCAACUCUACCAUGGGUGCUUGUGUUCGCUUCAGAGCUCCUCCUCUCCUUCAUAUGGCUCCUCGGCCAAGCGUGUCGCUGGCGUCCCGUUACUCGAACAGUCUUUCCAGAGAGAUUGCCGGAGGAUAUUGAUAAGCUCCCACCCAUUGACGUAUUCAUAUGCACCGCGGAUCCGAACAAGGAACCCACUGUUGAUGUGAUGAACACGGUGUUAUCAGCCAUGGCGCUCGACUACCCGCCGGAGAAGCUCCACGUGUAUCUUUCAGAUGAUGGGGGUUCUACUCUCACUUUGCAUGGUAUGAGGGAGUCUUGGAGGUUUGCAAGAUGGUGGCUUCCUUUUUGUACAAGGUAUGGAAUCACGACCAGGUGCCCAGAAGCGUAUUUUUCGGCUCUAGAGGAGGAUGAAGAUGAUGGAGGUUCCGAGUUCAAGGCACACCGACAGAAGAUUAAGGAAAAAUACGAGAUGCUCAAGGAAUCUAUAACAAAAGCAAGAGGAGGAGGCAGUACUCGAGAUCACCCUUCUAUCAUCGAGGUGAUACAAGCUAAUUAUGAUACCAGCGACACAGUACUGCAGGUAGACCAAGCUAAGAUGCCUCUGCUUGUUUAUGUUUCUCGAGAGAAAAGGCCUUCUCAUCCCCAUCAUUUUAAGGCUGGAGCACUCAAUGUUCUCCUUCGGGUAUCCAGCAUGAUAAGUAAUUCCCCUUACGUACUAGUGCUAGAUUGUGACAUGCAUUGCAACGACCCGACAUCAGCAAGGCAAGCAAUGUGCUUCCACCUUGAUUCUAAGAUCUCACCCUCCCUAGCUUUUGUUCAAUUCCCUCAGAGAUUCCACAAUAUCAGUAAGAACGACAUCUAUGACAGUCAGCUGAGGUCAUGUUUUUCGGUGCAAUGGCAAGGUUUCGACGGGCUUAAGGGACCCAGCCUGUCUGGUACUGGCUUUUAUAUCAAGAGGGUGUCAUUAUGUGGAGGCACCAUACAAGAAGACACUGAUAAUCUCAAGGAGCUUAAACAAUCAUUUGGUUUGUCCAAUGAAUUAAUCAAAUCCCUUCACCAAAACUGCAAGCCCAAUCUGAUCAAUGAUCAACAUAGAUUUCUUAAAGAGACUCAAUUAUUAGCCUCCUGCACCUAUGAAAGUGACACGAGAUGGGGUAAAGAGGUCGGUUUUUUAUAUGAUUCUGUGUGCGAAGAUUAUUUGACAGGGUUCACUUUACAUUGCAAAGGUUGGACUUCGGUUUAUCAUGAUCCACCGAGGCCACAAUUCUUGGGGAGCUGCACCACCAAUUUGAAUGACUUAUUGAUUCAAGGCACCAGAUCGAGCUCCGGAUUAUUAGGAGUCGGGUUAUCAAAUUUCAGCCCCCUUAUAUAUGGACCGCCAAGAAUGUCUCUUCUUGAGAGUAUGUGCUAUGGAGAACUUGCAUUUUCUCCUCUUUGUUUCAUGCCACUAUGGUGCUUUGCCACCAUUCCUCAGCUCUGUCUACUUAAUGGCAUCCCCCUGUACCCUACGGUGUCAAACUUGUAUUUUCUUGCGUUUAUGUUCAUCUUUUUGUCGUCCCUUGCUAAACAUUUAUAUGAGGUCCUCUUAACCGGCGGGUCGUUGCAAACAUGGAGAAAUGAACAGAGGAUAUGGAUGAUAAAGUCGGUUACAUCUUACUUGUAUGGAAGCUUAGAUGCUAUCAUGAAGAAGAUUGGAAUGAGAGAAGCCAGUUUCCUGCCCACCAACAAAGUUGCGGACGAUGAACUAGUCAGACUAUACCAAAUGGGAAAAUUUGAUUUUCAAACAUCAAACAUGUUUCUUGUUCCAAUGGUUGCAGUAAUCAUCUUGAACAUGGCUUCGUUCGUCGGUGGACUUGUUAGAGUGAUCAUUGUCGGCAAUGGGGACAAGAUGUUUGUGCAAAUUUUCAUCUCAUUCUAUAUUUUAAUUAUUAAUUUUCCUAUAGUGGAGGGGAUGAUGAUGAGAAAAGACAAGGGACGUGUUCGAUCAUCGGCCACUCUGUUAUCUGCCAUGUUUUCGGCUAUUUACUUGUUUUUGGGUUCUAUCAUUCUAAUGUACUAAGUGGGACAUAAAUCAUUUAGUGCAUAUUUAUCGUAUAUUUUAAUACUAUUAUAUAUAUAUAUAUUUCAUUACUGAAAGACAUUUGUAUGUCUCUUUCUAUGGGAAAUUCUUUUGAUGUUCUAUUUCA